AUGUCGCUGGCAUCAUCAGAGCUGUCGCUCGCAUCAAGUGACACGAGCAGCGCUCUGUCCGGAUCCGUCUUCCGCCCGAAGCGCCGCUCCGCAGCUCAAACCACGCCGCAAAACGUCCUGCUGUUCCUCGUGGCAUUUCGCGUCCUCAACGCGCUCUGCGUGCGCACCUUCUUCCAACCCGAUGAAUUCUUCCAGUCGCUGGAACCCGCCUGGCAGGUGGCUUUUGGCAAGGACAGCGGUGCUUGGAUUACCUGGGAAUGGAAACACGAGCUGCGGUCCUCCAUUCACCCUCUCUUCUUCACGACAAUAUAUUACCUCGCCGGAUUACUCGCAGAUGUUGCGCAUCUAUCACCCUUGACCGCCGCCGAUUCUCUGAUUGCGGCACCCAAAGCGGCCCAAGCUGUCCUUGCUGCCACGGGAGACUACUACACGUGGAAGCUAGCCGGAAAGGUGUAUGGAAGCGAUAGCUAUGGCGCAUGGGCUACGCUCGCGUUGACUACCUUGAGUCCGUGGCAGUGGUUCUGCUCAACACGGACGUUCUCAAAUUGCGUGGAGACUACGUUGACAGUAGUCGCACUAUACAUGUGGCCAUGGGACUGGUUUCUUGACACCACAGAGGACGACAAAACAGAGGCAGAAAAUAAAGGCGAGCUUCAGAAUACAAACACUAGUCUUGAGAGUGCUAGCAGACUUUCAAGGUACCGAUGGCCCGGACUGAACGGCGACAUUUUGACGAUCAUGUUUCUAACGGUUGCACUGCCCAGCCUUCGAAAGUGCCUUUUGCUAGCAGCAUUGGCGUGUGUGCUACGACCUACGAAUAUCCUAGUGUGGGCAUGUCUGUCCGGUUUUGCCAUGUACAAGAGCCCUAAAGCUGUUUCCUUGGUCCUUGUUAGAGAGGCUAUCCUGUGCGGGUCAGCGGUUCUUGGUUUAUCGGUUCUGAUCGACCGCGUCUACUACGGCGCCUGGGCUUUUCCCUUUUUCCAGUUUCUUUGGGUCAACGUCGCCCAAUCGAUUGCCAUAUUCUAUGGCCACAAUGACUGGCAUUACUACCUUUCUCAGGGCUUCCCUUUGCUCCUGAUAACCGCCCUUCCGUUUGGCUUGCUCGGUAUAUAUAGAUCUUUGCGCGCAACAUCUCCGAGUCGCAGCGCUUUGAUCCGAUUCCAAUUGGCUUCCGUUUGCCUUUUCAUGCCGGCCGUGCUUUCAGUGAUAGCCCACAAGGAAGUCAGGUUUAUAUACCCUUUGCUACCUGCUCUACACAUUUUGUCGGCAGAGCCGCUUGUGUCCUUUUUCUACCCUGCUAUUUCGUCUUCGUCGAGCUAUUAUCUCCCCCGCAGGCUCACGUUAAUUUUUCUCAUCCUCGUGAAUGUUGUUAUUGCGUACUAUACCACCUUUAUCCACGCAUCUGGGCCGAACAGCGUCCUUUCUUAUUUGAGGGAACGACACGUUGACCACAACACUGGUCAUGGCGCCCUCCACGCGCCGACUCCGUCGUAUGGACUGAGCCAGCCUACGCAUGAUGCGACGACACAUAAUAUGUCAGUCGGCUUCCUCAUGCCCUGCCACAGCACGCCGUGGCGGUCUCAUCUCGUCUUUCCCUCCAUCGACGCAUGGGCCUUGUCAUGCGAGCCACCGCUCGGAUUGAACGAGACGCAAAAGAAGGUAUAUCUAGACGAAGCCGACCAGUUCUACGAAAACCCAACGAAUUUCCUGCAAACGCACAUGGCGGGUGGUCUGUGGCACAUUCCUCGCCGUCCGUCAUAUCAAUAUCUGGGCCCGCCUCCGCCUCCCCAAGCCCAACACCACCAUCAGCAAAGUCGGAAGGAAUACACGCACGAAUGGCCCGACUAUCUAGUCUUUUUCGCGCAACUCGAGCCAACAAUCCGAACAACGCUCCGCAGCAGUUCCUACUCAGAAUGCUGGCGCACAUGGAACACCGCCUGGCACGACGACUCGCGCCGCAAAGGUGACAUUGUAGUAUGGUGUCUGGACCCAAACGAGCAGCACACCUGGCGCCAGACCCAGCAGCAAAAACACGUGCAACACCGUGAGAAGCAGUUUGAGCGCAUUGUCUCUGGGUUCCAAAAGGAAGCCGCCAAGAAAAAUACCAGGUCGAGCCCAUGGGAUAUCUUUAGCUUUCUGCGCAUGCGCAAGCUUUCCUCUUCAUCGGCUUGGUACCGCUCAUCGCCAUUCAACCUGUUCAAAAAGCUUCCCUGGCCAUUUACAGCCAAGAAGCAGACAUUUUUCCCCUCGUGGCUGACUCAAUGGCCGCCAUGGCCGACGACCAAGAAGGAAUACUCGUACGUACCGAAAUUCCUCCAAACCUACAUUCCCGGAAACAGGGCAUCUUCAUGGUUUCCGUUUUCGUUCUCAUGGCCGUGGAAUAAAAAGAAAAACUCGGGGUAUCCCAGGAUGCCGGAAUUUGAGCGCGAUUUGUGGAGUUAA